UUUCAAAAAAGAUUUCUCAAAACUUUUUUAAACCAAAAAAAAUUCAAAAAAAUCUUAAAAUUUGUAAAAAAAUCCACCACUUUAUCAAAUAAAAAAAAAUUACCUAAAUUUCACCUUAUCAUAUUUGCAAAGGAUCUUCCCUACAAUUCUUAAAAAAAUGCUAAAAUCCUGUAUAUCCCACAAGGUGGGGCGUUGCCUGAUGUCAUCAUCCUCAAAUCGCUGCUAUGCCAAGAAUUGUGAAAUCGAUUGUCCCAAGCCGAAGGGUUGCAAAAUGGUGGGCUAUCGCGACAGCAACAAAGAAAAUCAAAAGCCAUCUAAUUGUUCUCCCACAGAGCCAAAAUGCCGCAAAUCCUCUCCCAAGGUAAUGAGCUCCCAAUCUCCGAAAAAUACCCCCGACAAAUCCCUGGCAUCCUGCUGCAACAGUGAACGCCUGCAAAAGGAUCCCUGCUACAAGCGACGAGAGCUAUGCGAAAAGAAAGACUUUAAAUUGCACAAUCAGGUGUUGCCACUGAAAUCGGUUUGGGAAUACACGGCCGAAUGCUGUGGCAACCCUUGCCCCGAAAUGUUGCCCCGUUUCGAUAGACUCUAUUAUUGUGCCAGUGAUAAAAAUGCCAGAGAAUAUCAACAGACCUGGGUCGAGUGUCCUCCGGUGCAGAUACGUAAACGUAAGGUUUGCUGCUACGACAGCUCGGAGUUGCCACCCCUAUGCAAAAGGGCCAAAAAGGAAUGUGCCCAAACGGCAUGUGCGUUUGAUUCGGCAAAACUUAAGGCUCUGUGUUGUUUGGAUGCAGCCAAGAAAUGUCCUCGUCUGAAAAUGCCUUGCUGUCGCACCUCAAGACAACCUCCGUUGUGUAAGAAUCCUCGAGGUCCCACAGACUGCCAUAAAACGUGUUGUCCCUACCCCUCGUUUUCGGAAUGUUGUCGCCCAUGUCCGCAGCCAAGGAGGCCGACGGAAUGUUCAUGCCUCGAAAAACGUACCAAAUGUGAAAUGUACGAACAGUUAAGGCGCAAGCUGAUGUACGAUUUACCCCCACCCCUGCCAGCCUGGUCUCCAAGAUUGAUUGGGCCACGAUUUUGAGAGAGAGAGAGAAUUUCUUUGGCAUUUGUUUUUUGUAUUUUCUUUUCUGUGCCAAACUGACGUUUCCAUUGUCCUGUUAAUGGGAUCUAAAGGACUUUUCCCCUUGUUAUUAAUUGUAUGGAGAAUCCUUUGAUUUGAAAACAUACAAAUUUCAAGUCAACGUAAAAUCUUUGCAAAAAAUUGUAAAUGUCUUCAAUAAAAAAAGAUGUAAUUUUCA